AUGUACUCGAGAUCUUUUCCCUAUACCAUCAUGUUCUGUCAGGCAUUUGGCUCUACCGGACUUCCUGUCAUGAAAGAAGGGUUUGCCAAACUGAUAGAGGAGUACAAGGAAGCGAGGGAGGACGUUUCGAGGAAUGUGUCGACGGAGAAAGACGCCCUGAGCAUGAUUGCUGAGUAUCAUCAAGAAAUUCAGAGGCUUCUGAUGGAGCACGAGGCUGCCAGGACCUCGGGCAACUCUUCUCGCAUGAACGACAUCCAGGGGAAGAUAGACGGACUUGAGCACAAGUACAAACUUGCAAAGGCAUCUCUCAGCACAGUAGAAGCUAUCUUGCACACGAUUGAUCCAUACAAAGUUUGUCACAUCCUGGGUGGCAUGUGGAUUGGAAUCUCCGGAUGCAUCGCGGCAGCCGUUUCCCCCUCAGCUCGCAGCCUCAACGUCGGCCUUAGCCUCGGCGAGAGACUCUCCGCCCUUCUCCGCAGUCUGCUCGCUGCCCGAGCGCAAAGGAGGAUAGAGAGCUCGCAGAGGGGAGGAGGAGCGAGGAGCGAGGAGGAAGAGCGGAGGAGCAGAUGGGCAGAGUUCUCGCUAGACUCCUGCUGCAGGGGGUUGGGAGUGGUGGCAGCCUUCUACAUGCAGAGGGUUGUGAACGCGUUCCAGGGCUCGUUGAUAGGUGGAUCCAUCGUCGUGGAGGAGCUCGCAAAGGUGGCGGAUGAACGAGGGUCGCAGCUGUCGGAGCAUCAGAUAAACACGGGCAAGAUGGCACUUGCUGUCGCCGUCUUUGCAUGGCAGUAUCGAUCCCCAGGAGCCGGACAGCAGCAGCAGAAGCAGAAGCAGAAGCAGCAGCAGAAGCAGAAGCAGAAGCAGCAGCAGCAGCAGCAGCAGCAGCAGCAGCAGCAGCAGGAUGGCUUCGAUCGCGUGUUUGACAUUUUUGUGUUGUUGUUGCAGUCAGCAGAUGUGGACUAG